AUGAAAAAUAUAUAUAGUUUAUUCUUAUUAUUUGCAUUAAUAAGUGCAACAUUUGCAAAUAAUGCAUUUAUUGUACAUUGGAAUUCAGAUUCAAUUUCAAAAAAAUUAACGGGACAAAUUGGUGAUACAAUCUCUUUUUAUACAAGUGAUGGAAAUUCUCAUGAUGUAAAAAGUUCAGAUGGUUCUGUUUCGUCAAGUGUUUUCUCUGGUAGUCUUACAAAUCCUGGAAUUUUCAAGGUAACACUUACUAAAGAAGGUAAUAUUGAAUUUACCAGUUCAUAUGAUGAAGGUCUUUCUGCAACAAUAGUAGUUUCUUCUGGUGGUCAAAUUCCGAUUACAACAACUUCAUCAACUACAACUGAUGGUAGUUCAACCCCUUCCACUCCAACUUCAACAACUUCAGCCUCAACUACUACAAGUGGUGGUAGUGCUACAACAACAACAGGAGAACCAAUUACUGAUGGUUCUAAUGGAGGCGCCAGUUCCACAACUGGCAAUAGCGGGACGACAGGUUCUGCUACCACUACUACUUCUUCUUCUUCCGAUAAUUCCGAUGGCAGUGUAGGUACUUCAACUACAACUUCACCAGCUAUCACAACUUCAAGUGGGUCAAUAAUCGAUCCAACUUCACCACCUACAACUGAUUCAUCCUCUAAUAGUGGUGGUUAUGGUUCAUCAUCUUCAAUUGAAAAUGGCGUAGAAUGUUUAUUAACAAUCACUCAAGAUGCAUUUGAUUCUUGGACAUAUGAUAAUAUUAUUUACACCGUUUAUCAAGUAAAUUUAACAAAUAUUGGUACACUUUCAGUUGAGUCUGUUAUUCUCACUCCAAAUGAUAACUCUUUAAUUUACCAUACUUGGGAAUUGGUUUAUGAUGGAACUUCACUCACUCUUCCAACCUAUAGAAAAGCUGGUCCAAUCAAUCCAGAGGAAACCAUUAUCUUUGGUUAUAUCUCUAGAAAUAGUACUGAUGUUACAUUUGCUUUAAGUCCAACAUGUUCAGAUUCAUCAAGUCCAACUCCAACUCCUACUGAGACUCCAACUGAGACUCCAACUGAGACUCCAACUGAGACUCCAACUGAGACUCCAACUGAAACUCCAACUGAAACUCCAACUGAAACUGAAACUCCAACACCAACACCAUCAAGCUCAUCUAGUGAUGUAGAUAGUGGUUCAUCAUCUGAAAUUGAAACCCCAACACCAACUGAAACUGAUACCCCAACCCCAACACCAUCAAGUUCUUCAAGUGAAGGAAGUGGAUCAUCAUCAGAAACUCAACCACCAAUUACUCCACCACCAACCACUGGUACUUCUUGUUUAGCCCAAGUCCAACAAAAAGUUAUCAACUCAUGGAUUAAUGGUGAAGUUGAUCAUUAUAUACAAGUUGAGGCUACUAUUGUUAACCAAGGUUCAACUCCAAUUUCAUCUUUUAAUUUUUAUUCUGAUGCUGAACAAAUUUGGUCAGUUGAAAAAACAGGAACCAAUACCUAUAAAUUACCAAGUUGGUUCUCAACAAUUCCAGUUGGUGGGUCCCAUACCUUUGGUUAUAUUGUUAAAUCUGCUGAAUUAUCUGACCUCGAAGGAGUUCAAUAUACAUGUUGA